AUGUCAUUUACUAACAAAGAGCAACGGAUGGGUACGGAUAGUAUAAAUGAUGACCCUGGCUCCCACACCGUACUACCCCCAUUUGAAUCAAAACAACCGUUCCCCCCUCUCUCAGCAGAUGAUCUAGCAAUCACCUCUCAAGAUGCGCCAGAUACCAGCUUUACGGAAGACGAUCCAGACAUAACGUCACCAGACGUUGAGGACGAAGACUACGAUGCGAACUUUCAAUCCCAACGAUGCAUCAAGAUAUACCCAUUUCGCCAUUCUUCAAGUUCACUUCACGGUCCCAAUGCAUUCGCUCCCCCUUUCUACAAUAGGCCACCGACGCCUCUGCCGCCAUCACCUUCGCUGACCUCUCUUCUACGACCUCCUUUCUCGACAACUACAUCCCGACCAACUACCCCUGACAGUUCUGACGUCGAAACACCGAACGAUACAGAAGCAGCGGUUGCGAAGUCAGCGCGUCGCGCGACAACUGUUCCUCGAGCAAGUCCGAAGGUCCCCACAUAUGAGUAUUACGGUUUCGUUCUAUAUCUCGCCUCUUCGUUGGCAUUUUUGUUGUACAUCCUCUGGUCCUAUCUCCCAAAACCAUUUUUACACCAGCUUGGAAUAACCUACUAUCCGACUCGAUGGUGGUCACUAGCGAUGCCCGCGUGGCUCGUCAUGACCAUCGUCUACAUCUACAUUGCGCUCGCUUCGUAUAAUACCGGAUACAUGACGCUACCAAUGAAUAGCGUUGAGAACAUCGUGGAUGAAGUGGCUAAUGUUGCUGUGAUAGAUGGUAAGGGUAGGAGACGACCUGGGGGUGCGGCCAGGAUGAAACCGGGUGCAACUUCAUACCAAAUCAUGGGCCCGCAGAAUAGAAAAGUUAAUUGGAGGGAAAUUUGGAGUGAGGGCACUGAUGCCGUCUUGGAUGUCCCUGUGGGAGGGGUGUGCGAAGUGUUAUAUGGACAAGGACGAGAUGAUGAUGAGGUAUGCGAGGAAUAUGACUUCGCUGGUUGA